AUGAAUACCAUAGAUCGUGCACAUCUUGCUCGAUUACGCCCCGAGAAAUUCGAUGAGGCAGCUAUUAAUGAACAAAUCUUAUUGAUACAACAAACAUGUGAUGACGUUGAUCCAGAGAUUAUAUCAAUUGUCUUUCAUGAAUGCAAUCACAAUAUGCAACAAACGAUCGCCCGCUUACAAGCACGAGAUUAUGAAGAUGGUGGUUGGCAAAAGGCUAAACCAAAUAAUAAAAAGAAAAAUCAAGCCACUGCUCAGUACCACCCCAAUGAUCAGAUAAUAAAUGGGAAUUCUUUAGAUGAUAAUGAGCGAUCUCUAUCUCAACGAACAUCUCCAACUUCGUCACUUCGCGAUGCUCAUCGUCGUAAUGAUCGUUAUCAGUAUUCAUCAUCAGGACGUCCCAACACCGGACGACGUGGAAAUGAUUUCAAUCGUCAUCAUUACAAUUCGUCUAAUUCACGUUAUCCACCUCGGCAACACGGAGCCAAUAGAACUAAUCCAGGCGCGAAAACGAACAUUGCACGCGAACCAAAACCGGGUGAAACAAACCCGCCAACUGAGGCAAUCUUACCAACAUCGAACGUAGAAAAAUAUGACUCGACUGACAAUAUCUCGCAAGUGUCAAAUUUGGAUCACUCGGAAAAGAAAUCAUCCACACAGCACAUAUCCUCAUCAUCGAUGCGUCAGAAACCCGUUGCAAUGCAUCGAACAAUCCAUUGUUCUACUGAGCCAAUCGAUAUUCAAUUUGGAGAUAUCCAAUGGAAGGAUUCCUUGCCCAUAACAGUUACCCCAACUGAUGAUGACACACCGAUCUCAGCUGCGCUGCCUACCUAUCACCAAAAUACAGGAGAUCAUGAAUACAUUAAACAAGAAAUUCAAGACCAUGUAUUAACAGCGAAUGAACAUGACAUUCAAUUUCUUGAAACUACUAAUCAGUUUUCAUCAUCAUUAUCAAUUAACGAUAACACAUUAGGACAUAAUUUGUCACUUGCUUCUAACGAUGGUACAUCACAUUUAUCUGAUCAUCUGACUGAUGUCUCAUCUGCUAUUCCAUCUCAAAUGUCAUCUCAACCACAAGUACCAGUACAAAUUCCCAUAACACGUUUACCACCAACAUCAACACCCACGCCUCUCACUCUAUCAAAUAAUCUUCAACAAAACCCUGCAGAUGUUACAUCGUCAGCAUUCGCACCAUUCAAUAAUUUGAGCAACCAUCCAUCCGUUUCGCGAGAUUAUCCUCAAGCGAAUCAAUGGAAUCCUCAAUCUUCGAGUUAUAAGCAAAAUCCAAAAGCAUCCAUGUAUCCAACAGGAACUUACCCACAACAAUCAUCGUAUCAAUUACCGCCUCAACAACAACAAAUUUAUUUCAGACAAGUUCCAUAUCAUGCGCUUUCACCAUCAUUAGUUCGGCUAUACACACCUCUUGACUCUUGGUCAGCAACGAAUUACUCUGCACCACUUGAUACAUACUCAUAUUCACAGACCAAUUACUCGCCAACUUACUCUAAUCAACAACAGCCAUAUCGUCCACAAUUAAAUAGAUAUGAUUCAUCGCCUUAUGAUAAAGACUUCUUUGCUAGUUAUGGACAAACACGUUCACUAAGUAAUGAUACUCUUCAACAGCAACAUCAACAACAAUCAUCAACAAAUGCACAGUCAAUGAAAGAUGUUCCUACAUCAAGCAAAUUAUCACCGACAGCAGCAGUAUUUUCUCAGGGAGCACCAUUAACAGCUUCCCCUUCAACAACAACUGUCUAUUUGAAUCCGAUGGCUUUUCCAAUACCGAAUUAUGUGGGUGACAUGACAUUUCAAGAUCGACCCCAAUCUCAUUCAUCUGCAGAUACUCGUGAUAAUCGUAACGGUGCUACAUAUGGUCCUACGACCAACCGAAAUAACUAUCACUACUACGGACAACAACAACAACAACAACAACAACAACAGCGUGUACAUCACAACAAUUCCAUUGGGCAUUUGCAACAGUAG